AUGUUAGGUGAUGGUCGCUAUGGUGAUUCGCUGAAUGAGAUGAGUUGGGCUGUAGGUGAGACGCUGUCAGCCAUCAAGGAGGCGGGGCUUGAGAGGAACACCCUUGCUAUCUUCCUUUCUGACCAUGGUCCUCAGAUGGAGUGGAAUCAUAUUAAAUCCAAAGGCAUUCCAUUUUCUUCUUCGUCUAUAGGUUCCAAAGACUCCACCUGGGAGGGAGGUAUCCGUGUUCCUGCAUUGGCGCGAUGGCCGGGUACCAUAGCACCGGGCAGCCAUUCUCAAGCCAUCAUCGGCAGCAUGGACAUCUUCGCCACUGCAGCUGAUCUGUCGGGAGGAAAGCUGCCUCAGGAUCGCAUCAUGGACAGCAGGAGCUUCUUACCCGUACUCACCGGAGCAACGACAGACCAUUGGGAGGUCCUGCUCCAUUAUUGCAGUGAUAGACUUAUGGCAGUCACCUAUGGUGUCUUCAAAGCACACUUAUACACCAAGCCCUCAAUGAACUUAGAUCAACUAGCUGCUAAGUGUAGGAAAGGUUGGGUACCUACAGGGCCGUACCACCUCUGUUUUUCAUGUGAUCCACCGUGUGCUGUACACCAUGAUCCACCUUUAUUAUACAACAUAGGGGUUGACCCUUCAGAGCUAUCGCCACUGAAUGUCAGGAAACAUCUAAACGUCCUGAGGGAAAUCCAUAGAAUCGUGGAAGAACAUCAGAGAACUUUGGUGAAGGGUGACCCCCUGUUUGUACGAGAGAAGGUUUCAAGGUUGAACCCAUGUUGCAAUCCUCCUUACUGUAUGUGCAAUUAUGAUAGGACUUUAUACCUAAAAGAACUUGGGCUUUCAUGAACUGUAUUACCUGGAAGAAAGAUGCAGGCCCCAAUCACAACAUGUGCUUUGAUAUAUGUUCUAGACACUAUGAAUAUGACAGACAAAGAAAGCGGACAAAAUAUACAGUUCGUCAGGUAGACAAAGGAACAUCCCUUCAUUGCUAUUAUGUAAAAAGGUGAAUAUGCAUGUGACACCUGUUCUACACAUGUUAACAUAAUAGCAGUGUAGUGAUGUUCCUUUGUCGGUCAUAUUCAUAGUGCGAGCCUGCAUAGGAAAACGGUUCAAACAGGGUAUUAUUUUU